AUGGCCCAGUCAUCGGCCCAGCAUCCCGGGGAGUGGAGACCGGUGAGGGGGGGGGGGAACAAACAAAUGCAUCUCAUUAUUUCAGUGCUUGCCUCUGCAGUGCUCCGGGUAACCCAUCACAGUCUACACAGAUCGAAUUGCUUCCUUUAAAUCAGUUUGAAGCUGCAGCCAGAUCUCAUCUGUCUCAAUAGCAGGGCUGGAGCCAAUAUGACUACUCUAAUGCACACAGCAACAGCUCCUCCUAGUGGCGCUAGGUGAAUUACCCUGAGUCGGAGGAGAGCAGAGAAAGUCUGGCUGACUGACUGACUGGCUGACUAGCUCGUGUUCUGUUUAUCCAGCCAUAACCAUUGGAUUUAUGUCAGCAUUCAGCAGCGGAUGAUGGAAUUACCCCUUGAUGAAACAGAUAGCUCUUCCCCUGGAUGACUCGCAUGAUAAACAAACGAUAGCUGCUUGUUUGUCUCUCUUUCUGCCUCUACUGUUUCAUUUUUUCUCUCUUUCUCUUUCUUCCUUUCUUUCUUUUUUCUUUCUUUCUUUCUUUCUAUGUUUCUUUGUUUCUUUGUUUCUUUGUUUCUUUGUCUUCUCUCCUCUCUCUCUCUCUCUCUCUCUCUCUCUCUCUCUCUCUCUCUCUCUCUCUCCCUCUCUCUCGUCCUCUCUCUCCCUCCCUCUCUCUCUCUCUCUCUCUCUCUCUUCUUCUCUAUAUUCCUCUCACUAAACCAUGCUGUCAGUUGAUAUCUGUUGAAAAGUAGCAAUGACCUUUGUUUCUUGUAUGCUAUGCUGGCUCUCACCCACUCACGAAAAGCUUGCAUUUGCUUGGUAAAAUAUGUGUUAAAAGAUCUCUUUCCUCUCAUCUUUCUUUCUACUCCUUUAUCCUAUUCUGUGACAGUUUGUUGUGGAGUAGAUUAUCAUGUGUCCAGAGUAAAUGACAGUUGUGCUGAAGCCUGUUUGUUUAAUUGCAAAUCUGGUGACAGUUUCCCUCUGAAUUCCCUUCCAAAUAACUUCCACUCUCUUCAACAAGUUUUCUUUCUCUGAAUUCCCUGCAUGGUCCGAAAGAAAUGAAAGAGAGGGGGAAGAGAAAAGGAGUGGGAAGUGCUUUGAUCUGCUGUGUAAUCACAUAUUCAGCUGGGGGGUGAUCUGAGAGAAGAACUGUUUGGCGCUAUAACAGAUUAGCAUCUGUCUCGUCUCAUCACCAACCCUACUGUACACCACACUAAUGAUAUGGACCCACUGAUUCUCCAGGAAUAUAACAGAACAUGCCUUACUAGCUUGGUACAACUGUCUUUCUUCAACAUCUAAGGGUCUCAAAUGUCUUAAUGCAUUAAUUACCAAAAGCUUAUUUUUCUGUGAUCUGUAAACAGAUUCAACAAUUCUGGUCAAAGCCUAGUCUGCACUGUAUAUCUCUUAAGGCGACCCAGAACCACUGUGAUAGACACCAGUCCUAUGUUCUCCCCUCAGUUCCUCCCUCUAAACCUUACUUUGAGCUGGAGACCACAGAGCCAUGGGUAGCAGGGAAAAGCUACACUGUCACAUGCAUCGCUCCAGACGCAAAACCAGAGGCAGUGAUCACGCUGUUUAAAGGUAGGUCACAGAGUACAGUAUCAACCUACUGCAAACCAACUUAAUAAUGUUAAUACAUACAGGUUUUUCCAUUGGGAAUAGCAGAGACUUGAAAUGUGAAUCAGUACUGAGUUGAGAGAAAACAUGUUUGAAAUGGACAUGUUUCAACCUACACUAUAAUUGUAUUACACUAUAACUCAAUAACCUGUUUUUACAAUAACAUUUUAAAACUAUGGCCGUGUCUGAAAUCUGUCUUGCCUACUACUUAUUAAAACUACAUUCUGUGUACUAAUAGUACUACAUACUAUUUAGAAUGUACUGGUUAGUAAAACAUAUGCAGUAAGCAACAAAUAUCAUAAUACUUCUCAUCCAUACUGAGAAGGCGUCAUCUAAUGCACAAUCGUGCUUGUUCCCCGCCAUUCGUUCAUUUUUGUUGCGCACAUCCCCUAUUUUGAUUAUCAGCUGUUGUCAAACACACGUGAUUGGGGAGCUGCCCCUCCCUACCUUCAGGCUAUGCUCAAACCCUACACCCCAACCCGAGCACUCCACUCUGCCACUUCUGGUCUUUUGGCCCUCCCACCCCAACGAGGAGCCUGCUCCUACACAUCCCAGGCAAAGCUCUUCUCUGUCCUGGCAUCCCAAUGGUGGAACAAGCUUCCCCCUAAUGUCAGGACAGCUAAGUCCCUGCCCAUCAUCCAAAACAUCUGAAACCCCCAACUCUUCACAAAGUAUAUUUGGAAAAAUGGUGGGUAAAAAACGAACACCCUUGCCUUGUUUGCACUAACACUUGCACUCUUUUUUCUCCUCCUCCCCCUCCUCCUCUCUUUCCUCCUCCCCCUCCUCCUCUCUUACCUCCUCCUCCCCCUCCUCAUCUCUUUCCUCCUCCUCCUCCUCCUCCUCCUCCUCCUCCUCCUCCUCUCCUCCUCCUCUUCCCCUCCUCCUCUCUUCCUCCUCCCCUCCUCCUCCUUCCUCCUCCCCUCCUCUGCUUCCUCCGCCUCCUCCUCUCUUUCCUCCUCCACCCCUCCUCCUCUCUUCCUCCUCCUCCAUCCCCUCCUCCUCCCCUCCUCCUCCUCCCCCCAUCCCCUCUUCCUCCUCCUCCCCUCCUCCUCUCUCCUCCUCCUCGCCCUCCGUCCUCCUCCUCCCUCCUACCCUCCUUCCUCCUCCCCCUCCUCCUGUCUUCCUCCUCCUCCUCCUGCACUCCUCCUCCCCUCCUCCUCCUCCUCAGACCGUCCUCCUCACACCUCCUCCUCCUCAUCCUGCCUCCGUCCUCCCUCAUCCUCCUCCCCUCCGCCUCCUCCUCGUCCUCGCUCUCUUCAUCCUCCUCCCCCUCCUCCUCGCAUCCUCCUCCUCCUCCAAUCCUCUCUUUUCCUCUUCUCCCCUCCCCCCUCCUCGCUCUCAUUUCCUCCUCCUCCUCCUCCUGCCUCCUCCUUCCUUCCUCCUCCUCUCUUAUCCUCCCUCCUCCUCCUCCUCGCUCCUCCUACCACCGGUCCUUUCUAUUUUCUCGCUCCCAGCCCUCCUCCUCUCUAAACGAACCUCUCCUCCCUCCUCCUCCUCUUUCCUCCAUUCCCCUCCUCCUCUCAGUUCCUCCGUCCUUCGCUCCUCAUCUCUAUUCCUCCUCCUCCUCCUCCUCUCUUUCCUCCUACCCCUCCUCCUCUCUUUCUCUCCCAGACGGAGUUGAGCUGACAGGUGUAGAGUCUUUCCCUAUGUCUGGCUCUGAGGACAAGCUCCAGAACACACACGCUACAAAAGAGUAUGUGUUCCUGUUCUCUGUCUCCUGUGUGUGUGUGUGUGUGUGUAUGUGUGUGUGUGUGUGUGUGUGUGUGUGUGUGCGUGUGUGUGUGCAUGUGAGUGUUAUCCCUAAUUGAAGAACUUCUGUAUUCCCACAGAAAUACAGUACAGUGUAAUGAAUUGGUGCUGACUGUGAACUGUUACUCAGUGCCUUGUGUCAAAUCAAAUUAGCUUUUGUCAUAGACACAGAAUUACAUUUCAGUUGCUAGACAGAUUCACCUGGUGGUGCAUACAUACAUUCACCACUGCUGCAAAUCAGUCUAAUCCAGUUCCAGAGAUAAUAACCCCUUGUCAUCUGCAAAGAUAACACGCUGCAGAGGGUUUUAAGGACAUAGUUCAGCUCUAACGCAGAAUAGCCUGGUCUCCAACUAAAUCCUUUCACUAUCCUAUAUGUGUAGAUAGUGGUUAUAAAUAGCAACAUUCUUUUGUAAAGGAGCUUUUAAAUCUGGAGAUGAAUCUAGAUAACAUGGUGGACUUUGUGUUUGUCAUGGGUCUGGAGGUGUAAUGCCCACAUUGUCAUGAUGUUUAGUGGGGUUAUAAUGCUGUUGAUAUCCAGACCCCACAGAUUGUACAGUCGUGGUCAAAAGUUUUGAGAAUGACACAAAUACUAAUUUUCACAAAGUCUGCUGCCUCAGUUUUGAUGAUGGCAAUUUGCAUAUACUCCAGAAUGUCAUGAAGAGUGAUCAGAUGAAUUGCAAUUAAUUGCAGUCCCUCUUUGCCAUGAAAAUGAACUUAAUCCCCCAAAAACAUUUCCACUGCAUUUCAGCCCUGCCCAAAAGGACAGGCUGCCAUCAUGUCAGUGAUUCGCUCGUUAACACAGGUGAGAAUGUUGACGAGGACAAGGCUGGAGAUCACUCUGUCAUGCUGAUUGAGUUAUAAUAACAGACUGCAAGCUUUAAAAGGAGGGUGGUGCUUGAAAUCAUUGUUCUUCCUCUGUUAACCAUGGUUACCAUAAAAAAAUACCCGCAAGGAAACAUGUGCCGUCAUCAUUGCUUUGCACAAAAAGGGCUUCACAGGCAAGGAUAUUGCUGCUAGUAAGAUUGCACCUAAAUCAACCAUUUAUCGGAUCAUCAAGAACUUCAAGGAGAGAGGUUCAGUUGUUGUGAAGAAGAAGUCAGGAUGCCCAAGAAAGUCCAGCAAGCGCCAGGACCGUCUCCUAAAGUUGAUUCAGCUGCGGGAUCGGGGCAUCACCAGUGCAGAGCUUGCUCAAGAAUGGCAGCAGGCAGGUGUGAGUGCAUCUGCACGCACAGUGAGGCGAAGACUUUUGGAGGAUGGCCUGGUGUCAAGAAGGGCAGCAAAAAAGCCCCUUCUCUCCAGGAAAAACAUAAGGGACAGACUGAUAUUCUGCAAAAGGUACAGGGAUUGGACUGCUGAGGACUGGGGUAAAGUCAUUUUCUCUGAUGAAUCCCCUUUCCGAUUGUUUGGGGCAUCCGGAAAACACCUUGUCCGGAGAAGCGCUACCAUCAGUCCUGUGUCAUGCCAACAAUAAAGCAUCCUGAGACCAUUCAUGUGUGGGGUUGCUUCUCAGCCAAGGGAGUGGGCUCACUCACAAUUUUGCCUAAGAACACAGCCAUGAAUAAAGAAUGAUACCAACACAUCCUCAGAGAGCAACUUCUCCCAACCAUCCAAGAGCAGUUUGGUGACGACCAAUGCCUUUUCCAGCAUGAUGGAGCACCUUGCCAUAAGGCAAAAGUUAUAAUGAAGUGGCUUGCGGAACAAAACAUCGACAUUUUGGGUUCAUGGCCAGGAAACUCCCCAGACCUUAAUCCCAUUGAGAACUUGUGGUCGAUCCUCAAGAGGCGGGUGGACAAACAAAAACCCAAGCAUUGAUUAUGCAAGAAUGGGCUGCCAUCAGUCAGGAUGUGGCCCAGAAUUUAACUGACAGCAUGCCAGGGCGAAUUGCAGAGGUCUUGAAAAAGAAAGGUCAACACUGCAAAUAUUGACUCUUUGCAUAAACGUAAUGUAAUUGUCAAUAAAAGCCUUUGACACUUAUGGAAUGCUUGUACUUAUACUUCAGUAUACCAUAGUAACAUCUGACAAAAAUAUCUCAUAACACUGAAGCAGUGAACUUUGUGAAGACCAAUACUUGUGUCAUUCUCAAAACUUUUGACCACGACUGUAUAAAUCUGUCUGUUCUUAUGGAGGUCUCAAGGGCUCAGUUAGAGUGUUAAGGGGUGAAGUGUUUAUGUGUCCUAUGUUAAGCCAUGACCUUUAAUGUUAUCCAUCAUCUAUUAUUUUCUUCCAUCAAAUCCUUCCCCAUGUCCCCCUUUCCCCCACUCUCCCCACCCACCUUUCCAUCGCACACACACACGCACACACACACUCCCCACCCCCUGCAGGUUCAUGGUCUUAAGCAGUUCAGACAAUGGGAGGGAGCUGGUGUGUCGUGCGAAGAACCCUGCUCUUCCUCGGGCCCUGGAGACCAGCCUGGUGAUGAAUGUAUACUGUGAGUGUGUGUUGUUCCUUACCUCAUGGACUCUCAGACACCUUCACCUUUCCUUAUUCCAUUCUCCAGCCACGUGUGGACCCUAAUCCCGGGCUGGCCUUGGGGCAAACAUCCUCACACUGAGCGAUCACUCCCAGGGGAGACUUUCAACCCCAGGCAAACUCACACCUACUGGGGACCAAGGCUCAGCCUGGAGGGUUAGAGGUCGACAUGAAAGCAUCAACGUCUCUACUGCUGUCACGUUCAACCCACUCAACUCUGUCAAUUCUACUGGCAUCAGUGCAAUCCUAACUCCAACUCAAGUCCAACUGUUACACUCUGAUAAUACUGAUCAGAGGGAUUUUUUUUAUUUAUUUUUUAUUUCACCUUUAUUUAACCAGGUAAGCCAGUUGAGAACAGGUUCUCAUUUACAACUGCGACCUGGCCAAGAUAAAGCAAAGCAGUGCAAUAAAAACAACACAGAGUUACAUAUGGGGUAAAAAACAUAAAGUCAAAAAUACAACAGAAAAUAUAUAUACAGUGUGUGCAAAUGUAGCAAGUUAUGGAGGAAAGGCAAUAAAUAGGCUAUAGUGCAACAUAAUUACAAUAGUGAAUUAUUUUGAAACCCAAGCCUGGGAAUGAAACCCAAGCCCAAAUUCUAAACUCUGCUGCUGCUAAAUAUAAUUGUCAGGACUGAGAGACCAUAACAUCUCCUACAGUGUGGGACCUACACCAUAUAAUAGGGGUGGGUGAUUUUACAUCUCAAAGGAUUGUUUCCUUGUUUACACUUUGUCUUGUUUGGGGAUUUUUGGUUGUUGCUUUGAAACAAUCUGGCAGCCCAGCGUAUUGUUUUCUAGUUUUAGUUGUUCCUCAACACUUUGUAGAUCAAUUUCAGUAAUUGAUUGUUCUGGAGUCCACCCGCCUGGUUCUCUCCCAGGUCUAAAUCAGCUGCUGAUUAAAUGCUACUGAAGACACUCAAUGGUAAACAUUCCCAUUCUACUCCUUCCUGUCCUUCCACCUUCGCCAUAUUAUCCACAGCCUUCCAUAUGAAAUACUGUCUCUAUCUAUCUCCCUCUGCAUUAGACGCUGUCCUAUUCUAUCUUUAACCACCGCCCAUAACUGUAAAUGCUUCUCCACCUCUCUUUCUUUCUUUCUUUCUUUCUUUCUUUCUUUCUUUCUUUCUUUCUUUCUUUCUUUCUUUUUCUUUCUUUCUUUCUUUCUUUCUUUCUUUCUUUCUUUCUUUCUUUCUUUCUUUCUCUCCGUCUGUCUCUCUCUCCGUCUCACUCUCGCUCCGUCUCUCUCUCCGUCUCCGUCUCACUCUCGCUCUCUCUCUCUCUCUCUCUCUCUCUCUCUCUCUCUCUCUCUCUCUCUCUCUCUCUCUCUCUCUCUCUCUCUCUCUCUCUCUCUCUCUCUCUCUCUCUCUCUCUCUCUCUCUCUCUCUCCACUCUGUAUUAAACAACAUCCCUCCACAGUAAGUGCUAAUGUAGCAGAACCCGUCGACCACUGCAACAGUAGUCCUUACUCAGCAAGCCAGCCCAUCAAAGCCUGGAGCACCGUGUCCAUUUUCUGCCAGCUAGAUUGUUAGCGAGGAGGCAAUUUGUCACACCGGCCCAGGGUCCACAUACAGCCGCCCGUGCUGCCUGCGCUCCCAAACUGAUUGCAGCAAUAACAAAGGCUGGCCCUCCCCUAUUUUAUUUUACGAUGUAUAUUUUAUUCAGGAAGGCUGUAAUUUACUCAUAUUUCCAAACGUUGCUUUAUUACUGUUUAAAUAUCUAUUUUGCUUUAUGGAGUCGAUCUAGCCGGCUUCUCCCUUAAUACUUAAUGCUUUCAUCAGAGCUAGAUCCCUUAUCCUGCAGUCAGUGUAAAUGUGGCCAAUUUAUUGGCCCUGUGUCGACAAAUAGAGAGGAUGCUUCCUUUCUCAUAAAGCCAAGUGUCCGCUCAUCCCAGUGCAUAUUUCAUACCUUCUCUAUCCUCUCUUUCUGUCAUCUUCUCUGUUUCUGGUGCUUCAUCUCUCCUCUCUCUCUCCCUCUCUCUUUCUAUUGCUCCCUCUUUUCCGCUCUCCUCACUUUCUGUCGUUCUCUCCCAAGAUAUUGCUUCAUCUCCCUCUUUCCCUCUCAACAUCAGUCCCACCCCAGCCUCCAGUAAUCCAGGGCCUGGACAGAGAGGGCCUGGUGAAGAGGGGGACCAUGUUGAAGCUGGUUUGUGUGUCCCAGGGAGGGAACCCACUGGCCACCCUACACUGGACCAAGGUACAGAGACCACACCCUGCUAAGGCUUAGAAUCAGUCGUUUUUGGUGUAUUCUCCAUCUUCUACAUCUGUUCUGUCCUCUCUCUUUCAGAACUCACUCCCUUCCUACUGCAGCCAGUCAGCCACCCAUUAUGUUAGUGAAUUACCCAUAGCCCUGUCCUGUCCUCUGCUUGUUACUAACCCAUAGUUCUGUCCUGUGGAUCAGAAUGGGGAGGUGAUUUCCACCAGCUGGGAGGUGGACACAGAGUCGCAACGGGCCAUCAGCCACCUGACCCUGCAGUUUAAACCACAGGACAACCAGGCCGAGCUACGCUGUGAGAGCGUCAACCAGGUGACCCCUGUCCCUCUGUCCGACAGCCGCAAGAUCACUGUCCUCUGUGAGUCCCCGACUGCUAAGAGAUACAUGCACUUGGAUGCUAGAACACACACACAGACACACAAAAGCGAUUGGAUGUUUGUGUUUAUUCAAAUGGUUGUUAACCCAAUCAUUAAAGUAAUCUUCAAUAACAUUCAUCCCAAUAACAAUGACAUUAACAUUAGUCCCAGCUCCAAUACUGAAAACAAUUCUGGAUUAACACAAAUUCUAAUACCAAUAUCAUUAAUGAAACCAAUAGCAAUUAUGACCCAGGCUCAUAUUUCACAGAAACAAAUUUGAAUUAGCUGAAUCGCUUCAAUGCACAAUCCAAAGGCAAUAAAGCCGGCACUUUCUGUGGCGAUAAUAAUGCCAACAAGUAAUAAAUUAUACAUUUUCACUUCACUGCAUAGGAGAUUUCUCUACUACCACGACUGAAAAACAAACAGAGAAUUAAGCUUCCUUCGCAUCACACCGACUCUUCCUUCACGCCAACACUCGCUCUCUCACUGCGUCAGUCAACCGUCUCAACCACUCUCUUCUUCCUCUCCUAUCCCACGUAAAAGCCAUGUUACCUCCUAGCUAUUCGUAUUCACGCCUCAUACACGUUGAAAAUGAGUUGCAGACCCUUUAUCAAUGUAUCUCUCUUUCUAUCGCUCUCGCUCUCCUUUCAGUUUUGUCUUGAGCUGGAGAGCAGAGAGAAGAACUGGUGUGUUGUGAAUAUGCCUGUGUCGCCCUAACCCAACACACUGUCUGUCUAUGAGUGUAGCCCUCAUGUCUGCCUGUGUCCCAUGUGUAACAUACAAUCAUACGUGAUAUGAUGCAUCCAUGUCUUACUGCAUCCCCUCAGGGCUUACUGCUCAGCUGCACUUCCUCUGUGCCAGUUAAGACCCAUCCUGGCAUAGCUGAAUAUAGACAGGCUUUGGUGACUAGUAUGGGUUUGGAAUGGAUGGAAAACCUCAGGAGAGGACAAGACCUCUGAAAUUGAUGUUGAUGGACUAGAAAUGGUUUCUUUACUUCUUCCUUUACUUUCAAAUCCAGUCUUUCUAUCCUUGCUAUACAACAUUGAUCCUGACACAGAGCACUUUAUUGACUGAAUUUACUGUGUGUGUGUGUGUGUGUCAGUUGAGCCAGAGAAGGUGAUGGUGCUGGGGUUGUUCGAGGCGAGAGAGGGGGAGGAGGUGACCCUGUGCUGUUACACCUCCUCCAGUAACCCGCCUGUACACAUCCGCUGGUGGCUGGGCUUCAGGGAACUCAACACCACCGUGGCCAAUGUGGAAGAGGUAGGGGACUGCAUUUACUUCGACACACUCUGCUCCUCACACUGCAUCAUACACUAUAAACCUACUCGCAUGAAAUAGCUCUGGAAAUAUUUGAGUGAACUUAACCAGACAGGUUCCUGACAGGGGAGCACAUGGGGCAGAAAGUAAUUGCCAAGGUCAACCAGAAAGUAACAUUUCUGGCCAGAAAAGCCACAUUUCUAGAUAAAGGAACAUUCUAGAAAACACUUCCAGCAGCAUUAGUGCAACCUCACUUUGGGGUGUACUACCUGGUACAGCAGCUCCCCUAAGUUCAUCAAGAACAAGCUACAGACAGCUCAGAAUAAAAUGUCUAGGGUCAUUCUGAAUCUUAGCCCUCAGGCUCAUGUUGGCCCCUACAGUGGCUAUCAGUUGAUAAAAGGGUCAUUCAGCUAAAGCUGUGAUUGGCCCAUGAAAUUGUAUAUGUACAGUCCCCCAGUGUCUAAAGAAUGAUCUUACUACUGUUAGGGACUCUCAUUCCUACGCCACAAGAGGCAUUGCCACAGAUUUUGUGCCAUGUCGAUUCAAGAGCAGCACUGUCCAGAACACUUUUCUUUAUAUAUACAGUGGGGAGAACAAGUAUUUGAUACACUGCCGAUUUUGCAGGUUUUCCUACUUACAAAGCAUGUAGAGGUCUGUCAUUGUUGUAAUAGGUACACUUCAACGGAAUCUAAAACAAAAAUCCAGAAAAUCACAUUGUAUGAUUUUUAAGUAAUUAACUUGCAUUUUAUUGCAUGACAUAAUUAUUUGAUCACCUACCAACCAGUAAGAAUUCCGGCUCUCACAGACCUGUUAGUUUUUCUUAAAGAAGCCCUCCUGUUCUCCACUCAUUACCUGUAUUAACUGCACCUGUUUGAACUCGUUACCUGUAUAAAAGACACCUCUCCACACACUCAAUCAAACAGACUCCAACCUCUCCACAAUGGCCAAGACCAGAGAGCUGUGUAAGGACAUCAGGGAUAAAAUUGUCGACCUGUACAAGGCUGGGAUGGGCUACAGGACAAUAGGCAAGCAGCUUGGUGAGAAGGCAACAACUCUUGGCACAAUUAUUAGAAAAUGGAAGAAGUUCAAGAUGACGGUCAAUCACCCUCGGUCUGGGGCUCCAUGCAAGAUCUCACCUCGUGGGGCAUCAAUGAUCAUGAGGAAGGUGAGGGAUCAGCCCAGAAUUACACGGCAGGACCUGGUCAAUGACCUGAAGAGAGCUGGGACCACAGUCUCAAAGAAAACCAUUAGUAACACACUAUGCCGUCAUGGAUUAAAAUCCUGCAGCGCACGCAAGGUCCCCCUGCUCAAGCCAGCGCAUGUCCAGGCCCAUCUGAAGUUUGCCAAUGACCAUCUGGAUGAUCCAGAGGAGGAAUGGGAGAAGGUCAUGUGGUCUGAUGAGACAAAAAUAGAGCUUUUUGGUCUAAACUCCACGCGCCGUGUUUGGAUGAAGAAGAAGGAUGAGUACAACUCCAAGAACACCAUCCCAACCGUGAAGCAUGGAGGUGGAAACAUCAUUCUUUGGGGAUGCUUUUCUGCAAAGGGGACAGGACGACUGCACCGUAUUGAGGGGAGGAUGGAUGGGGCCAUGUAUUGCAAGAUCUUGGCCAACAACCUCCUUCCCUCAGUAAGAGCAUUGAAGAUGGGUCGUGGCUGGGUCUUCUAGCAUGACAACGACCCGAAACACACAGCCAGGGCAACUAAGGAGUGGCUCCGUAAGAAGCAUCUCAAGGUCCUGGAGUGGCCUAGCCAGUCUCCAGACCUGAACCCAAUAGAAAAAUCUUUGGAGGGAGCUGAAAGUCCGCAUUGCCCAGCGACAGCCCCGAAAACUGAAGGAUCUGGAGAAGGUCUGUAUGGAGGAGUGGGCCAAAAUCCCUGCUGCAGUGUGUGCAAACCUGGUCAAGACCUACAGGAAACGUAUGAUCUCUGUAAUUGCAAACAAAGGUUUCUGUACCAAAUAUUAAGUUCUGCUUUUCUGAUGUAUCAAAUAAUUAUGUCAUGCAAUAAAAUGCAAAUUAAUUACUUAAAAAUCAUACAAUGUGAUUUUUUUGAUUUUUGUUUUAGAUUCUGUCUCUCACAGUUGAAGUGUACCUAUGAUAAAAAAUUACAGACCUCUACAUGUUUUGUAAGUAGGAAAACCUGCAAAAUCGGCAGUGUAUCAAAUACUUGUUCUCCCCACUGUAUAUAUAUAUGGCAGUGGUAGAGCGGAACAAACUCCCGGCUGAGAUAAAAACAGUUUCUGCCAGUCUUAGGUUCAAACACUCCUGCAAGGCUUGGUUAAUGUUGACAUUGCCUCCUAGCCAAGUGUAAAGCCACUCUGCACUAGUGGAGUGAUUUGGUAGAUGUGCAUAUCUGCUUUUUUUUGGUAAAUAUGUAAAUAUGUGGACAUUGUGCAUGAUUGAAUGUAUGGCACAGAGUGGCCAUGUCACUUGUUUUGCCCUACAGCCAUUUGCCUACCAAUAGAGGACCACAAUGGAAACAAGUCUUUGACUUUUUGUGUAUAUAACCCUCUUCAAUAUUGGUACAUGUAUUGGUUGCCUGGUGUGGCUUCUUUAUGUGUUUUAAAUAGUCAAAUAAAAUGAAAUAAAGUCAGACCUUUGACAUAAAGCACAAAAAGCAUGUCAAGUAUUGGGUCUAUACAUUUCAUACUGUCUUUGAAUUGAAAAUGACCUUUGAAAUUACACCUCGGAGGUCAAUACACACUUAAAUACUUAAUUCAGAUUUCAGACACUCUUAUUUGUACAUCUCAAGCGCCCAAUGACAAGCAUCUGUGAGAGAAGCCUUUGAUUCUGACAGAACUCGUAUUAUUCUUCCCCGUGCAGAGUUUCCACCUUGACCAGGUAGAAUCUGUUCUUCAUUCUCUCUCCGCUCUGAACAAAGAACUUCUAUUCAGUCUGUACUACACAGGGCUUUGCCAGUGAGUGAAGUGUUGCCUCAAAAAGUGUUCCUGUAUUCUUCUCUCUUGGCUUUUGCGUAUGUUAAUGAGAUAAAAGUGAAUAAAAGCUAACAUGGGAGUUGAGAGAACCAUUAUCCCGGCUCUUUGUUCAUUUGGAGAAAUAAUUUUCAUUUGAUCUAGCAUUUACAGCUGCAUGCGUAUGAGGGCUAAUAAAGACUGACACCUCAGUGGUGGUUCUUUGUGAAUGCGUUCCUUCUUGUGUCUGUUUCUCUCUGAAAAAGGCUUUUGCACUAAUCAUCUCAAUAAAAGCCUUGAUAAACCCAGGGUGCAAAACAGACAUGACUAGCAUCAUACAGGAGCAAAUGGGUGUUUGAUUCAAUUUAUUACUCGUUUUGUAAGCAGGAAGAAGCAUAUUGAUGUGAUUUAUUUGUUUGUUUAUUAUCAGGGACCAGGCACAAUGUAAGUAGAGCACAAGAGUUAGAGAGCCACAAAGCUCAAUUUCAUCAUCAAAACAGUAUUAUUAUUGUAUUUCCUGUGAGCAGCUUAGUAUGUAUCUCCAAGGAAAAUGUUCAGGGACACUAGAACUUCCUGUCUCUUCCUGACGUUGUCAUGUGUCCUUUCCUGUCUUCAGGGAGAUCACGGGGGGAAGACGACCAUGUCUAACCUGACCCAUGUUGUCUCUCGGGAGGAGAACGGGCUGCCCCUCAUCUGUGAGACCUUCAACAAGGGCACACGCUUCUCCAAGAGCCAGUCCACCAACCUCAUUGUUUUCUGUGAGUCUCUGGAUAGAACUAUGACAACAAUAACCCUAUAACCCUAAUGGUUGUUGUCUAUUGAAUGACUAUGACAAGUACAACCUUGAACAAACCUUGCACAACCAGAACAUAACUAUAAUAAUAAUAUAUAAUAUGCCAUUUAGCAGACGCUUUUAUCCAAAGCCACUUACAGUCACUAUGCAUUGUACAGUAACAAUCCCAACAAUCUCAAUGUGUGCUUUCUAUAACUAUAACAAUACAGAGACAACCCUCCCUCUCUCUCUCUCUCCCUCCCCCCCUCCCCCCCUCUCUCUCUCUCUCUCUCUCUCUCUCUCUCUCUCUCUCUCUCUCUACCCCUCCCCCUUUCCUCUAUCUCUCUCUCCUCCUCCCCCCUCCCCUCUCAGACCCUCCUCAGAAGGUGUGGAUAGAAGCCCCUCCCCAAGGGGUUCCUCUGAGAUCAGGAACCAUCGUCCGCCUCAUCUGCUUCUCUAGCGGGGGAAGCCCCAAAGGAACCCUCAACUGGUACAAGGUGUGUAUAUGUGUGUAUUGUACGACAACAUACAUUUUGAUUGUUUAAGUUGUCACACGUUGUAGCGGUUAAGACCCUCUGUCUGUACAGCACCAUGUCCUCCAUUGUCUCCUCUCCUCUCAACCCGGCAGGAUGGUAAGGCGUUAUCAGACUACCCCAAACAGUUGCCCUCUGACAAAGGCGUGUCCAAAGAACUGGUUGUGCGCCUCCAGCCCAGUGACAACAUGGCUACCUACCGCUGUAACGCCACCAAUAAGGCUAAGAUGGUCCUCACCGCCACAGUCAAACUCAUGGUCCAGUGUGAGUCUUACAGACCGGGCUCUGGGCAUGAGUGGGUUAAUGCUAGCCUUUAUGGACCUGACUAAUAGUGGAGGAAGCAUUAAGUACAUUCAAGAUGAUAGGUAGAUUCAAGCUAUAGCCUAACGUUAUGCUACAAAGACACGGAAUCAGCAGCCUCAGUAGGUUGACAGUGGUGUCUUGUCCCCUCUCCUCUACCCCUCCACCCCUCCCCCCCUCCCCAGUCCCUGCAGUGAAUGUGACAAUCAUAGCCAAGCAGAAGGAGCUGCGUCGGGGCCAAAACCUCAGUCUGGACUGCCUGUCUGGGAGCAGCAACCCCCAGGCCAACAUCUCCUGGAGCAUGGGCCCAACCAGGUGAGGGGAGUGCAGGUUACAGUUUUUCUCGAUUGCUAAGACACAUUUCUUGAAAGCUGCUCUCCUUUUCUCUUAACUGUGAACACAAAACCCAAUUUUCAAGCUACAUUCACAAAACCUCAGACUCUUCUUGCAAAACCAAACUUUCACCUCAAAACAGUUCAAUCUGUGCUCAAAACUGAACUAUGUUGUCAAAUCGUGCCCCAAGUCAAUCAAAAUAAAAAACACUACUGAACAGUCACUAAAGACUACGUAGAAAAAUAGAACACAAUGCUCAGGACAUGAAGCUGGAGAAAUAAAUGUUUAUUGUUCACUGUAGGUUAAAUGCAUGUUGCAAAAAAAAAAAAACUGUGCAUUUAGCACUUGUACAAAAAGACAAAACAGAAAUCUUGUGCAUUUACAUGUAGCACUUGUAAAAACAAACAGAAAUCUUAUGCGUUUGCCACUUGUGUACAGUAAGCCCAUGUAAAAAUAAAGUAAAAAAAUAUACAAAUAAGUGCAUUACUCAGCCACAGCAUCAUGUCUCCGUACUGGGUCAGGCCACAGGACUUCAUCCACAUCACAGGCCACAUUUUGUCUGGCCAGGCAACGGGGGAAAAAAACCCUGGCAUGCCGUAUCCAGGCUUGGCAUGCCUCCACACCUAUGUCACCACAGGCAAGUCCCAUGGCUUGCAGGAGAUUUACCCUGGUGUAAGGUUGGCGUUCAUAUACCUUCCACCGCCAUGAGGAGAAGAAUUCCUCAAUGGGGUUUAGGAAAGGGGAGUAUGGUGGAAGGCAAAGAUUGAUAAAACCUUGGUUCAUAUUGUACCACUCUCUAACCUGGAGGGCUAGGAAAAUGAGGAGGAAAAUGAGGAGCUGGUGAGUGUUGUAGGGCCCCAGGUUGGCAUGAUGGUGGACAACCCCAUGAUUGCUGAUGGCAGCACAUAAUGUGACAUUGCCACCACGCUGCCCAGGAACACCAACAAUGGCCUGAUGGCCAAUCACAUUACGGCCUCUCCUUCUCCUUUUGGUGAGAUUAAACCCAGCUUCAUCCAUGUAGAUGUAUUGAUGGGGUCUUUCCAUUGCAUCCAGUUGAAAAACCCUCUGUAGAAAUAGAUAUCGUUUUGUAAGUGAUACGGAAAAAGUGAUUUAGGCCACUACAGUAAAUCACUACUUAGAGUAAUCAACAUUGAAUGUGUCUGGAUAUAUGCCAACCUGUACAUACUGGAAUCUUUGCUCUUUGACUCUGUCUGAGUUGCGAUCAAAGGGCACUCUGUAUAGCUGUUUCAUGCGCAGUCUGUUGCGCUUGAGGACACGAUCAACAGUAGAGAGGCUGACACUGUUGAUACCCUCAAAAUUUAAAUGGUCCUCAAUGAUCUUCUGCUGAAUUUCGCUCAGUUUAAUGGCAUUGUUCUCACGGACCAUAUCAACAAUUAGGGUCUCUUGGUGUGGGGAGAACAUACCUGUCCUCCCACCCCCAUGUGGCAGUCUUUCAAUUCUACAAAAAGAGAACAUGGAGUUACAAAAAAUAUACAUGGAAUACUAGGCCUACAAACAGUUAGACCAACCCUCCAUUACAAUACUACAGUACAUUGGUACAGUGAUGUACUGAAACAUAUAUUUACUUACAGUAUACUGUGGUACAGUAUAUAGUAUGUCAUACAGUAAUUGCUGUCAACAUUUACAUACUGUACUAUAAUGUCAAAAAAAGGUAAUUACCUGUUCUCUUCUCUAAAUCUUCGGAUUAUGGUGGACACAGUGAAUCUACUGAUGUUUGGUUGUACCCUUUGUCCAGCCUCCCUCAUGCUCAUACCAUGGACAAGAACAUGGUCAAUCACAGUAGCUCUGAUUUCAUUAGAUAUUACUGUUCUUUGUCUUCGCUGACCACCUCGACCUCCUCUCACACAAACUCUUUCUCUCAGAUUUCUAUCCAUUGUAGGGCCUCACAAACCAGUGCUCUCUGAACUGGCUUACUGUAUAUGUUCCCUCACAUCAUUAGCCACAAGUGUGAUCAAUUUUGAGUUGUUGUGUUCAAGUGGUGACACCUGUGCUCUAAUUGUGUUUGACUUUUGUCACCUGUGCUCACCAUUAUGCAGCAUGGGUGCAUCACAAUGAAAAUGUGUUGGCAAGUUAUGUCUAAACAGGUGAAAAGUGCUUAUGGUAUUGCCAAAAGAGUGAUUGAUUCAAUCAGUGGGUUCAGGCAACUGAGCAUUUGGUUCAGACAAUAGGGUUUAGUGUUUUAGCAAUUGAGAAAAACUGUAAAGGGGAGCCGGCCUGUGGGCCAUGGAGGAGUCUAUGGAGACCCUGGACUACAGUCUUGUGCAGGUCAAUUUUUUGCAACCCGCACCCGGUCCGCUCCCGCCACAGUACCGCGACUGCACCGUAACCCGCCAAUCAGGAAAGAGAGCUGCCGCAACCGGGCCCGUAAUUUGUACCAAAACCCGCCGCAAACCGCCAGAUCAUAACAAUUGAUUUCAUUGUUAUUAGUAGUAGGCCUAGGGCAUAUAGGCCUACAGACAGUAGUAGCCUAUCCCCAUGUCAUAGCCUAUUCAAAGAACUAUGCAAUUGCAUGCAGCCAUUUGAAAAUACAAAAGUAAGUCGUAGCCUACUAAAGCAAGCAAUAGGCCUAACUGAGUUGUGAAAAGCCAUACCUACCUGCUGGACGAGGGGCCUGUUUUGGAACUGCCCUCAUCAACACAGACUUGCAUGCUGAGUAAAAAUCCAUCCAUGGGCUAACGUCAACGAUUACGCAAAAAUAGCCUGUUAACACAAUUGUAACUUCACUUUUGAACUGUUUUCAUGAGUUGGCUUUACACUUGCACUAAUUGUGUUAUCAAAUGCUGCCAUUUCAUGUAUAAGUUAGUUAGCUAGCUAAUUUGAGCAGGGUGUUGACCCUGAUUGCUUCUGUGUGUCGCUCUGGAUGGGAGUCUGUUAGUUGACUAAUGUGAUGUAGUUGUUGAGCGGCUUCACUGCAAGUAUAUUGUAUGUUUUAAAUAUUAAAUAAAAAGUUAGCUAGCUAGCUCAGGUAAGAACGGUGAGUCGUGAGUGAAAGUCAUGUGAGGGGAAGAGCAAGGGGUGGGAAAGCAGGAAAGGGUAAUAUGUUUUACUCACAGAGAUAGAUAGAGGGUUCAUCUUUAUAUCUAUGCCAUUAUAGCAUCUGUGACAGCAUGGGCCCCACCAUUGAGGCUACAACCCAUAGGAAUCCCCACCCAGUUGACUACUUUGACUACUUUAAAAUGGCAGAAGCAUGGUGGAAGCCCUCAUUGGCGCUGCCCAUGAUAAAACUGCCAUUUGGCCACUAGAGGCCUCUAUCAUUCUCUGAUGUUUUACUCAGCACCACUGUGAGCAUUCUGCGCAAGUAGCCUGUCUCAGUGCCACUCUGAUGGCAAGCACACACUACAGAAUGAAAUGAGUCAACUGACAAAACACAGUAAAAAUAGUGAAGUUGUUAUUUUAUUAUCAUGAUUAAAACCUCAACCGAUCCGCAACAUGUUUCGGACUGCAACCCGGCCCGCGGAUUUAUCGAAUGUUCAAAAUUGACCCGCUAAACGUUCUCCUCUCAUCGCUCCCUCUCCCAGGCUGAAAGGGGUGGAUCAGGCUCCUAGGAACACAACGUUUGGGGGUGUGUCAGUACGCAGUACUCUGUCCCUCCCCCUGUCCUCCCAGCACCAUGGCCAGAGGAUCACCUGUCAGGCCUACAGCUCUCUGCUGUCUGAGGGAGUCAACACCUUCUACAAGCUCAACGUCCUCUGUGAGUGGUGAAGAGUGUGGGUUGGUGGGUUGAAUACGUGUCUAUUUCUCUCAAUCUGUUAUACACAGCUUUUGAAUAUUUUAUUUGUUUCACUGUGAAUACUUUAUUUGUUUCACUGGGGAUCUAAAUCAAGUAUUCAAAAUGUGUGUGUACAGUUAUGAGUAGGAGAAAAAUAAAGUCUGUGCUGGUGUGUGUGAGGCUUGAAGCAUGAUGGUAAUGUGACACGAUAGUGUGCAUGGCAGGCAGUUUUGUUUGCAUGUGUUUGUGCUGUUCUCUGUGUUUGCGUGUGUAUGUGUGUGUGUGAGUGUGUGUUACUGUAUUCCUUUGUUGUGACUGUGGGUUUGUCAGGCUCUGCGGCAGUGUGUCCUAAUUGUAUGUAUGCUUUGCAGCACAGCCAUGUUAUUCUUUGAUGCUGUUUCGCAGGCUGCAGCCAGCCAGCUCUUCAAAGCCUGCUCCUCCGUGCAAGCAUGAAAGAAUGUCACUGUGUGUUUGUGAGCAGCUGCUGUUGGACAACACUACUGUCACUCGCUGUUUUAAUGCCCGUCCCUCUCCCUUCCUCCCCCUCCCUCCCGCCCACCCUCGUUCUCUACCUACCUCCCUCUCUCUCUCCCUCCCUCUCGCCUUUCAUGGCUGACAUGGUUUCUUUGUGUCUGGGCUUGUAUGUUUUUCUCCCUUUGUGUGUGUGUGUGUGUGUGUGUGUUUGUGUAAGAUCCCCCAGAGUUCAGCCCUGACCAUCCCCAGAAGGUACAGGUAGUGGAGGAUGAGACAGCCAUCGUUCCCUUGCUGGUCUCGGCCAAUCCAGAUGACAUCUCCUGCAGUUGGCUCUAUCGCAAGGAGGAGCUGCACAACGGUGAUCCACCCUGCUCUCUCCCUCUCUCCCUGUGGUAUCUCUAUAUAGCCAGCCAACUAACUCUCUAGAGCUGAGCCAGUCUUAUGACUUGGGGGUAGAUGCUGUUCAGGGUCCUGUUGAUCCCAGACUUGGUGCAUCGGUACCGCUUGCUGUGCGGUAGCAGAGAGAACAGUCUAUGACUUGGGGGGCUGGAGUCUUUUAAGAUUUUUAGGGCAUUCCUUUGACACCACCUGGUAUAGAGGUCCUGGAUGGCAGGGAGCUCGGCCCCAGUGAUGUACUACUCCUCUGUAGUGCCUUGCAGUCAGAUGCAAAGCAGUUGCCAUACCAAGCGGUGAUGUAUCCAGUCAAGAUGCUGAGCGCCCACGCCAAAUCUUUUCAGCCUCCUGAGGGGGAAGAGACGUUGUGGUGCCCUCUUCACAACUGUGUUGGUGUGUGUGGACCAUGAUAGAUCCUUACUGAUGUGGACACCAAGGAACUUGAAGCUCUCGACCUGCGACAGCCCAACUACAGCCCUGUCGAUGUGAAUGGGGGCGUGCUCGGCCUCUGUUUUCUGUAGUCCAUGAUCAGCUCCUUUGUCUUGCUGACGUUGACGGAGAGGUUGUUGUCCUUCCACCACACUCCCAGGUUUCUGACCUCCUCCCUAUAGGCUGUCUCAACGAUGUCGGUCGUCAGACAACAUAAUGAUGGUGUCGUGCGUGGUCAUGCAGUCGUGGGUGAACUGAGAGUACAGGAGGGGACUAAUCAUGCACCCCUGAGGGGCCCCCAUGUUGAGGGUCAGCGUGGCGGAUGUGCUGUUGCCUACCCUCCUGACCUGGGUGCGGCCUGCCAAGAAGUCCACGAUCCAGUUGCAGAGGAAAAUGUUCAGUCCGAGGGUCUUAGAUUAGUGAUGAGCUUGGAGAGCACUGUUGAACGCUGAGCUGUAAUCAAUGAACAGCAUUCUCACAUGGGUGUUCCUCUUGUCCAGGUGGGAAAUGGUAGUGUGGAAUGCAAUGGCUUCAUCUGUGGAUCUGUUGGGGCAGUAUGUGAAUUGCAGUGGGUCCAUGGUGUCUGGGAUGAUGGUGUUGAUGUGAACCAUGGCCAGCCUUUCAAAGCAUUUAAUGGCUACACAUGUGAGUGCUACGGGGCAAUAGUCAUUUAAACAGGUUAUCUUGGCAUUCUUGGGCACAGGGACUAUGGUGGUCUGCUUGAAACAUGUAGGUAUUACAGACUGGGUCAGGGAGAGGUUAUAAAUGUCAGUAAAGACACUUGCAAGCUGGUCAGCGCAUGCUUUGAGUCCGCGUCUUGGUAAUCCGUCUGGCCCUGCAGCCUUGUGAAUGUUAACCUGUUUAAAAGUCUUACUCACAUCGGCUAUGGAGAGCGUGAGCACACACUGAAACAGCUGGUGCUCUCAUGCGUGGUUCAGUGUUGCUUGUUUUGAAGCGAGCAUAAAGGCAUUUAGCUCAUCUGGGCAGCUCGCGGCUGGGUUUCCCUUUGUAAUCCGUGAUAGUUUGCAAGUCCUGCAACAUCCGACGAGCAUCAGAGCCAGUGUAGUAGGAUUCGAUCUUAGUCCAGUAUUGACACUUUGCCUGUAUGAUUGUUCAUCAGAGGGCGUAGCGGGAUUUCUUAUAAAAGUACAGAUUAGUCUCCCGGAUUAGUGGCAGCUCCUGGAACAUAUUCCAGUCUGUGCUAUCAAAACAGUCCUGUAGUUUAGCAUCCACUUCAUCGGACCACUUCUGUAUUGAGUACUUCACUGGUACUUCCUGUUUGAGUUUUUGCUUGUAAGCAGGAAUCAGGAGAAUAGAGUUAUGGUCAGAUCUGCCAAAUGGAAGGCGAGUGAGAGCGUUAUAUGUGUUUCUGUGUGUGGAGUAAAGGUAAUCUAGAGUUUUUUCGCCUCUAGUUGCACAGGUGAAAUGCUGGUAGAAAUUAGGUAAAACAGAUUUCAGUUUCCCUGCAUUAAAAUCACCGGCCACUAGGAGCACCACCUCUGGAUGAGGAUGGCCCUAUACAGCUGGUUGAGUGCGGUCAUAGUGCCAGCAUCAGUUUGUGGUGGUAAAUAGACAGCUACGAAAAAUAUAGAUGAAAAAUACUUUGGUAUAUAUCUUAUCAUGAGGUAUUCUAACUCAGGUGAGCAGAACCUCAAGACUUCCUUAAUAUUAGCGAUUGCGCACCAGCUAUUAUUAACAAAGAGACACACACCUCCCCACUUCAGCUUACCCAACGCUGCCGUACUGUCCUGCCGAUGCAUAGAAAAACCAGCUAGAUGUACACUGAGUGUAGACAACAUUAUGAACACCUGCACUUUCCAUGACAUAGACUGACCAGGUGAAUCAAGGUGAAAGCUAUGAUCCCUUAUUGGUGUCACUUGUUAAAUCCACUUCAAUCAGUGUAGAUGAAAGAGAGGAGACAGGUUAAAGAAGGAUUUUGAAGCUUUGAGACAAUUGAGACAUGGAUUGUGUAUAUGUGCCAUUCAGAUGUGCCAGGCGCACCAGUUGGUGUCAAGAACUUCAAUGUUCCUGGGUUUUUCAGGCUCAACAGUUUCCAGUGUGUAUCAAGAAUGGUCUACCACUAAAAGGACAUCCAGCCAACUUGACACAACUGUGGGAAGCAUUGGGGUCAACAUGGGCCAACAUCCCUGUAGAACGCUUUCGACACCUUGUAGAGUCCAUGGCCCAAUGAAUUGAGGCUGUUCUGAGGGCAAAGGAAGUGUUCUUAAUGUUUUGUACACUCAGUGUAUGUUAUCCAUGUGACUCCGAGAAACAUAGGAUAUUAAAGUUCUUCAGGUCCCGUUGAUAGGACAGUCUCGAGCGGUGUUUGUCCAGUUUGUUCUUGUAAGUUCGCCAAUAGAACGGAGGGUAGAGACGUUUUAUGUACUGGCCAACGUAGUUUCGUCAGGGUCCCCGCACGUCAGACUCUCAUAAGCCGCCUUUUUCUUUUACGAGUCGUGGAUUAGGGCCUGGUCCAGGGUGAGCAGUAUGUCCUGCGCCUACGACUCGUUGAAGUAGAAUGCUUCAUCCAAAUCUAGGUUAGUGAUCGCUGGUCUGACGGAAACAUUAUGUACAAAAAAAGUUAAUAUCAGCGAAACCCCCCCCCCCACAAAAUAGCAGAAUUAGUCAGGAGCCCGUAAAACAGCUGCUAUCCAUCUCUGUAGUCAGCCCUAAUGUAUGCUGCCUACAUUACACGCCAGUGUUGUAUAUCCAAUACAACCCCAAUCCUGUCACAACCUUGAACCAACCGACCGACACAUCCCCAUCCCACUGCCUCCACUCUUAAUGAUGUAAUUAUAGCACUGUUCUGAAUGUAGGUCUGAAUGUUCCACUAAAACCCACAGUGCAGUACAAGCCUAAUGGACAGACAGCACAGCGCUAUCCUGAUCCGAUGGAACCUGACAGUUGGAGGUAUCCAUAAUGUAUAGAGGAUUGCAAUAGCUUUUAUGGCUGGCGCUGUAGCCCACUUAACAAUGUCG